AUGGAAACCGGAUCACUCACCAAUUGGGAUAAUGAUAUAAACCAGGAAAAGAGGGGUGUCGUGACCAGCAACGCUGUCCCAGGUGCUGCCCGGACACAGGUGCAAAGGUCCGAGCUCGUUCCUGACUGCGUUGUCUUCUUUGCAGAUGUCUCUCCAGUCGUGGCAGGCCUCAUCGGUGCUACUGUCCUUGUGGUGUCUGUCUCGGUGACGGUUUUUGUGUGGACAUGCUGUCAUCAGCAAGCAGAAAAAAAGCACAAAACUCCCCCGUACAAAUUUAUUCACAUGUUGAAAGGCAUCAGCAUCUAUCCAGAGACCUUGAGCAACAAGAAGAAAAUCAACCGAAUCCGCAGGGACAAGAGCGGCACUCCCAAGGAGCCGGGAAGGGGAAACCUGGUGGAUGCUGCUGAAUCUGGUUUAAUAGGCUCGGAUAAGACCCCCGCUGGGCCCAACGCGGCCCCCCACGUUGAUCAGCUCCCCAUAAAGGUAGAUUACGGAGAUGAACUAAGCCCGGAUCAAAGCCUCACUCCAGGAGGGAGUAAAACCUCCUCGCCGUCUUCUCCGGGGGACGAUGUCAUGUUGGGCGAGCUGACUUUCUCCGUGGACUACAACUUCCCCAAAAAGGCCCUGGUGGUCACCAUCCAGGAGGCGCACGGGCUGCCCGUGAUGGACGAGCACACCCAGAGCUCCGACCCGUACAUCAAGAUGACAAUUCUGCCCGAUAAGAGGCACCGCGUGAAGACCCGCGUGCUGCGCAAGACCCUGGAGCCGGUGUUCGACGAAACCUUCACGUUCUACGGGAUCCCCUACAGCCAGCUGCAGGACCUGGUGCUGCACUUCCUCGUGCUGAGCUUCGACCGCUUCUCCCGCGACGACGUCAUCGGCGAGGUCAUGGUGCCCCUCGCCGGGGUGGAUCCCAGCACGGGGAAGGUCCAGCUCACCAGGGAGAUCCUCAAGAGGAACAUCCAGAAGUGCAUUAGCAGAGGAGAGCUGCAGGUCUCCCUGUCCUACCAGCCCGUGGCGCAGAGAAUGACUGUGGUGGUGCUGAAAGCCAGACACUUGCCAAAGAUGGACAUCACCGGCCUCUCAGAUCCCUACGUUAAGGUGAACGUCUAUUACGGGAGAAAGCGUAUAGCAAAAAAGAAGACUCACGUGAAGAAGUGCACUUUGAACCCCGUCUUCAACGAGUCCUUCAUCUACGACAUUCCCGCCGAGCUCCUUCCCGACAUCAGCAUCGAGUUCCUCGUCAUCGACUUCGACCGCACCACGAAAAACGAGGUGGUGGGCCGGCUGAUCCUGGGCGCGCACAGCGUCACCGCGGCCGGCGUGGAGCACUGGCGAGAGGUGUGUGACAGCCCCCGGAAAGCGGUCACCAAGUGGCACAGCCUGAGCGAGUACUAG